AAGAACCUCUGAACUUGACGACACCAGCGACGAAGAAAGAAUCAGCGAAAAAGAAGCACCAAAUUUAAACCGAAUUCAACGACACCAGCAACGAAAGAAUAAUCACCAAAUUCGACAUCAGCGACGAAGAAUCAACAAAUUCGACGACACCAGCAUGAAAGAAGAAUCAAUGAAAAAGCUCCGAACUCGAUGA